GCUCUCGUUUUGGGUUUUUCGCAUUCUGGGUUAGAGAAAAGAUGGAAAUUGAUCUUACACCAAGGUUGGCUAAGAAGGUUUAUGAAGGAGAUGGCGGUUCCUACUCUGCCUGGUCCCCGUCGGAGCUUCCCAUGCUCCGUGAAGGUGACAUCGGAGCUGCCAAGCUCUCUCUGGAGAAGGACGGCUUUGCUCUCCCCAAUUACUCUGACUCUGCCAGAGUUGCCUAUGUCCUUCAAGGUAAUGGAGUAGUCGGAAUUGUUCUGCCAGAGAAGGAAGAAAAGGUUCUUCCAGUAAAGAAGGGUGAUGCUAUUGCCCUCCCUUUUGGAGUUGUCACUUGGUGGUACAACAAGGAGGACACUGAGUUUGUGGUUCUUUUCUUGGGUGAUACCAAAACAGCUCACAAAAGGGGAGAGUUCACUGACUUCUAUCUUAAUGGUUCUAAUGGAAUUUUCACCGGCUUCUCAACUGAGUUUGUCAGCCGAGCAUGGGAUUUGGAGGAGAAUGUUGUGAAGACUCUUGUUGGCAAGCAAACCGGCAAGGGCAUUGUUAAGUUGGGGGGAACCAAUUUGCCUGAGCCAAACAAAGAACAUAGAGAUGGGAUGACAUUGAAUUGCGAAGAGGCUCCUCUUGAUGUUGACAUUAAAGGCGGUGGAAGAGUUGUUGUUUUGAAUACUAAGAACCUUCCUUUGGUCGGAGAAGUUGGGCUUGGUGCUGAUCUUGUUAGGUUGGACGGAAGUGCUAUGUGCUCCCCUGGGUUUUCUUGUGACUCUGCGUUGCAGGUGACCUAUAUUGUUAGGGGCAGUGGUCGUGUCCAAGUUGUUGGUGUCGAUGGGAAGAGGGUCUUGGAAACUACUGUUACAGCUGGCAAAUUGUUCAUCGUUCCUCGAUUCUUUGUUGUUUCAAAGAUUGCUGAUCCGGAAGGCUUGGAAUGGUUCUCCAUCAUCACUACUCCCAAUCCAAUAUUCACUCAUUUGGCUGGAAGUAUUGGUGCUUGGAAGGCGUUAUCUCCUCAGGUGCUUGAGGCUUCAUUCAACGUGGAUUCCGAUACGGAGAAGCUCUUCCGAUCAAAAAGAACUUCUGAUGCAAUUUUCUUCCCUCCUCCCAAGUGA